AUGCCUUAUUGCCUGAGAAUUAAGCUUUUCCCUGCCAAAAGAGCUUGGAAGAGCUUAACCGCCAAAUUCAACAAACUCCGUCGUAGAUCCAAAAACAAAUCCCAAACCCGGUACGGUGUUGCUUCAACAUCCGCCAAACGUUCAAGCUACCGACUUCGUGACAGAGAUUCCCGCGUUUUUCUAAUCCGCCUAAAGAGAGGUUGUUGCUUGUUCAAGAAGAAACGCAAAGCUCUUGUAUACGUCGACAAGCUCUUCAGAGAACCCGUUUGGAUUCCAGCUAAACAGUGGAAUCCGGAGGAAGAAUUGGUCCUAGAGAAGGGAAUCGACGAGAGAGCCGAAGAAUUCAUCAACAGAAUGAAAGCAGAAAUGAUCUCUGCUGCACGCAACUUGUAG